AUGGCAACAGGUGAGACCAAUGUGGCAAUAGAGGCAACAGCAAUAGAGGCAACAACAACAAAUUCAGUUGUUCUCAAGAGAAAUUCAGAUGAUGUAGGAUGGAAGUAUGGGGUGCUAGUUGAUCCUCUGAACAAGGAGAAGGUCCGGUGCUUGUUUUGUGGCCAUACUAGUUCAGGAGGGAUUUACUGUCUGAAACAACAUGUAGCACAUGUUGGGACUUCGGUGGUUAACUGUACGAAACAAACAGAGGAGGCUAAAACAACAUCGAUACCAUCCAGCGCCAUCAACAAUGAUGAAUUCAUGCAAAUGUGUGAAGCUAUAGGGCAAUUUGGCCCUGGUUUGCAGCCACCUUCUCAAGACCACCUAAGGGGAGUUCUUUUGAGUGAGGAAUAUGAAAGAACCAAGAGUUUGGUUAAGGAACACGAUGCUGAAAAGAUAAAGAAUGGUUGUUCAAUCAUGACAGAUGCUUGGUCUGAUAGGAAAAUGAGAAGUAUAAUGAAUCUAGUCACAAAUUGUUCUGUUGGCACUACUUUCUUGGGCUCAAAGGAGAUGUCAGAUGUAUCACAUACAGCUGAAGUAAUUUUUGAAUUAGUGGACAAAGCCAUUGAAGAAGUAGGUGAGGAGGAAGUGGUCCAGGUGGUGACAGACAAUGCUUCUAACAACAUGGCUGCCAAAAACCUUUUUGUUUGCCAAAAGGCCAAGCAUAUUCUGGACUUCUUGUGGUUCUCAUACAAUCAAUUUGAUGCUGCAAGGAAUUGGGAACCUACCAAGGUUCAAGAAAGUUCUUGA